UUUUUGCGCAGUAUUUUUCCUGAUACAUUUGACUUCAAAAGAAUUUCCUAUGCACGUUCUUUUAUAAACAAAUUUAUUUUUGUUAUUAUAAAAAUUUGUUGUGUUGAGAAAUUAAUCAGGAAAAAAACAAAAUGGUUCCAAUUGUUUUAACAGAAUGAAUGGAGAUAAAAGAGAGAUUUACAUGCCGGAGAAGUCACAACUCAAAACUUCCUUUAUCCUUUUCAAUUGCAGAGCUGAGAUGUCUCCAAAUUGGGUAGCAGCUGAAGGAACUCGUUUUAAUUCUUAUUCAGAGUGACGCUUUGGCCCUUGUGUGAUCUUGGGAUGCCGGAAGAUAAAGGUUGGGAAGAUCCUCGUUCCGUUAAUAGUCCUAGGAGGAUCUUAAGUUUCUCCAAAAAUAGGACGACCACUGUAUUCUUUCCAGAUUCAGAUGACAGAGGUUCAGGAUUUGGUGUUUCUGGAGAUCAAGGACCCAAGACUACUGAAGUUUAUGGAUUUGUUGGCUCCAUUACUACUGUUGUUGCUACAGUUCUUUUCCUGGUGUGGGCAUAUCUUCCAGAAAAUUGGUUGCAUUCUUUGGGUAUUGUUUACUAUCCGAGCAGGUACUGGGCAUUAGCUGUGCCAGCUUAUGCGAUGACGACUAUAGUACUAGCUGUAGGAUUUUACAUUGGGCUCAACUUCUUGGCUACCCCUCCUCCAACUUCUUUCAGCAUGAUAUAUGAUGAAUUCACGAGAGAACCAUUGAGCAAUGGCCCUUCAAUAGAUGACGAUGAGCAACCUAUAGAGCCUAUAUCUGAUAUCCGGAUUGAUCAAAUUAAUAACCUCAUGUUCAAUCCAAAAUGACAAAGGAUUCUCGUGUGCAGUUAUUUUACUUGGGUAGUUUAUAUUAGUUUCAUUUCCUUCAUGUAUCAGUGAAUCUCUUUGAUUAACCCAAUUCAGGUACUUAGAUAUUAAAUGUAAUUUGGAUGUGGCAUGUCACUAGCGGAUAUGGGUUUGAUUCUGGUGAAGCUGUUACAGAAUGCAUCAACGACGCCUCUUCAGUGACAACCUGCUCGUUCAGGAAUUUUUUUCUUAGCUUCAGCCCAUGGCAUUGAUAUUCAUAGGGUAGUAAUUAUGUGACCGUUUGGGUGAAAAAUGAAGGUUUGAAGUUAAACAUGGUUUCCUUGUUAUGUAGGAAGUUGAAGAGGAUACUCAUAUUCGCUCCUGUCAUGGCACUCUGAUUGUAAGCCUUUCUGACAUCCAUGUAUUGAGACUUAGAGGUACUCAUUUGCUUUCCUCCGGAUAAUUCGUGAUAGUAGAUAUACAUGAAAGCAAGAGUAGAUACUUCUUUUUCUCUCUGGAUAAGGUGGACAGCAAGAGUAGGUACUACUAAUAGAUCAAUUGACUAGCCCCCUCCCAACCCCCUGUGUCUUUUAGACAAAAGGUGCUGUGAGUUAGUUUCAUGUGCCUAUUGUUAUCAGUGGCACGACUUCAGUCAAAAGAUGGAAAAUAGUCUUUAAUUUGUAUGCUGAUUUGCGCAUUCAUUUGGUUCUCUUUUAUGUAUGCUCAUCUCAUUUGUAAGUUCCUGGACACUUGUCGGUUAAAGAUCUCAAAUUCCUGAGAGACUGGCACAGAGGUCAAAUGAAUUGAGUUCUCUUGCUUGAAAAAUAGAAUUCUUGUUCGGAGAAUGAUUUUUUGCUGAUAUUUUUACCCGUAUUUGAUAUUGGAUCA